CCUCGCUGGCGCCGGGGAGCGGAGCCGUGGCUGUCGGGGAGCAGAGGAGCCGUGGCUGUUGGGGAGCGAUGCCAUGGUUCUCGGGGGACCAUCCCACGUGUUGUGCCUCCAGCCCCAGCCUCACCAUGGGAGAAGAUAAAGGCAAAGUGGGGCUGGUUGUGUAGCGUGGCUCCUGCCCCACGUACAGUUUGGUUUUGGUUUGCUUUACCUGAAGUUGCCUCCCUUCUGUGCUCCAUCCCUAGUAGCAUAUCCAAGUUGGGAAGACGUCCCUGAUCACCAGGUUCAUGUAUGACAGUUUUGACAAUACCUACCAGGCCACCAUUGGGAUUGAUUUCCUGUCAAAAACGAUGUAUCUGGAGGAUCGCACGAUCAGGCUGCAGCUGUGGGACACAGCCGGCCAGGAGAGGUUCCGCAGCCUCAUUCCCAGCUACAUCCGUGACUCUGCUGUGGCUGUCAUUGUCUUUGACCUUACAACAGGUUCGGCUGCAGCUCUGGGACACGGCAGGCCAGGAGCGCUUCCGCAGCCUCAUCCCCAGCUACAUCCGCGACUCCACCAUCGCUGUGGUCGUCUAUGACAUUACAAACUUGAAUUCUUUCCAGCAAACCUCCAAGUGGAUCGAUGACGUCCGAACAGAGAGAGGCAGCGACGUCAUCAUCAUGCUGGUGGGGAACAAAACUGACCUGGCAGACAAGAGGCAAAUCACUACAGAAGAAGGUGAACAGAGAGCCAAAGAGCUGAAUGUGAUGUUUAUUGAGACCAGUGCAAAGACUGGAUACAAUGUGAAACAGCUUUUCCGCCGUGUGGCUGCUGCCUUACCUGGGAUGGACAGCACACCAGAGAAGAGCAAAGAAGACAUGAUUGACAUCAAACUAGAGAAACCUCCCGAGCAGCCAGUCACGGAGAGCGGGUGCUCCUGCUAACACGCCCCCUCUGCAGCAGCAGCACCUUCCCCAGGGGCCAGGCUCACUGAAGAACAUCUCUGCUCAUUGCCUGAGGCAACCCUCCUUCAGGGGCUGAACAACCAACCUACUAAGCGAGCCAACUCCCCUUUACUGGUGGGGAGCAGCCCCGGCCGCCCCUCUCACUGCAUGGUACGAGCCCCGAGUGCAGAAUGAGUGUCCUGUCUCUCUCUUUUCAUUGUUUCUUUUUUUAUGUUGUUGCACUUUGGCACUGUGGUGCCCUUUACACUCUCUUUCUUCCUCUCCUCCUCCUCCUCUUCUUCACUUUGAGCCUGUCUGCUCAGAUGUAUCUUGUGAAUGUGAUAGAAAAGCCACCAAGUUAGGGAAGACAAAAAUACAGCUCUUGGGUGGGCUGUCCACCCUCCUUACUGCCUUGCAUCUUGACUAGUCCCCUGCCCACUCCAGCCCUGUCUUUGUCCUGCAUCCCCACUUCCUCUGUUGAAAGGCUGCUCCUUUGAAACCAGUCCAUUGGACUUGGCCUUGCCUUUUUGGACAAUACAGGUUAUCUGUUUCUAGGCUUUUGCUCCCUGCAGGGCACAGACAAUAUUAGCUCCUCACUUUCUCCUUUCUGUGGAUGAUCCUGGCUAACUCUUGCUGAUGGCUUCUGAGUUUUGCCCCUGGUGUGCUGCACAGCACUGGAAAGCUCUGACCUCUGACAGCUCUGGCCUUGUUGCUCCCGUUUGUGCAGCAGCUCCUCGCUUGGAAUGUCUCCCAUCCAGAGGACCUUGGGCUUGGUGAGUGUUGGCUGUCAGCUGUGGGGAAGGCAGAGGGGAUGGAGGCUUUGCAGAUCCUUUGGAGAUCCUCAGGGUGCUUUUUAUGAGACCUGGGUCCUGCCUGUCAACAGCAAAAGCAAACAGCUGCCUGAAAUCCAUCACUGCAGGGGCAGGACCUGCCCUGGGACUGAUGGAUGCUGUUCAGGCUCCUUUCCUACUCUGCUCUGCUGCCCGUGGUCACAGAGGCUGGGAGCUGCUGCUAAUGGAGCAGGAGAGCUGCAGCAGGAAGGUCAAGGAUAGCUGCUCUGCUCUCACACCCAUCACUGCCUGAUGAGUCACAGAUAGCUGCUUCUGCCUGGGGAGUGAACCCUAUGGGGAUGACACUAGUGGCCAUUGCACUUCUGGAAUAGUGUCAAGCUGUACCAUUGCCACAGCUGAGCUGAGCAGGGGCAGGGAGGGAGGGAUGGAUGGAUGGGUUGUUGGACCUGGGUAGAGGAAAGGAGGAUUGUGUGCAGCAGAAGUGAAUUCUGGUGUCACUUCUUGACCUUGGAGGCUGGGAAAUGUAUCCUCUUCCCCUUGUCCCUGGUUUCUAAUGACAUUAGCAGAGCUUUUCAGAUACAUUGACUGGGGGGUUUCCAUCCAUCUGCCCUAAGCAGAAGUCUGCAGGGUUGUUGACAGCGAGGAGAAUCAAACAGUCAGAUGCUGUGAGCCAUUUGCUGCUCCUUUCAUCACCCAGCCUGUGUCAGAGCCCCUGCCUGCAGGGUGAGCACAACAGCUUUGGUAGCUGGUGACCCUCCCCAGCAGUGGCGCCGUUGAGGGAGGGGAAGGGGCAGCCUCAGACCAGGGCCUGUCCCUGCCCAAGUUGGGCAACAAGUCCCCUCACCGCUGGGGAGCGACCUCCUGUUCCCCCCAGCCCUGUCCCUUCCCCUCCAGGUGAGCUGGCCUGCAGGAGGAAGCUGGGAUGUGAUUCCCCCUUUCACUCUGGAGUGUCCUCCCCCUCAGCCCCCUGUACAUAGCCCUGUGGUGUGGGAAUUGCUGGUGUCUGUCGGUGUGUCCGUGUCUGCUGUAGAACAGGUUAUGCUGUCCCUGCUGGUGGGCAGCUGUGUGCUGCUCUGCUCUCCUGCUGCUCCACUCACAGACCUGGGGGG